UAUACAAUUGUGAUAAUAUGUUUGACCGUCAAGAUUGGCUCUUAACGUAACAAAGUAUCGGUGGAGUAGCUUGAAAAACGCACACUCAGGAGAGGGACUCCUCGUGUCACACUUACAAGUUAUGUCCCUCAGUCCUAAACAAACUACACCGUUUUCCGUCACCGACAUCCUUAGUCCUAUUGAAGAAACCUACAAGAGAACCACCAUAGAGGCUGCUAUCCCUCCCUUAAACCCAUACAGGAACCAUACGCAGUACCCCAAUCCUCAAAUGGGAAGCAUGAGCGUACCAGUGACGAACCCGUACCAUACUGGAUAUGUUCCCCAGCUAACACAUCAUACCCCCUCUUAUCCCUCCCAAUUCUGCAACGGAACCGAGUUUGGACAUUACGGUGACCCUACAAGACAUGGGUCCUCCAACUGGUACGGCACCAAUCCGGACCCUAGACUUGCAAUAUCUCGCUUGAUGGGUGGCCCGAGUUCUUGUGCAAUGUCCUCGAUGUCGUCUGGAAUGCACAACAUGAAUAUGUCAGCGUUAGGGGGCCUGGACCAGCACAAGGCGGGGGGUAUUCAGUUCCCGAUUACCCAGAGAAGGAAACGACGAGUGUUGUUUUCACAAGCUCAGGUGUAUGAACUAGAAAGACGGUUUAAACAACAGAAAUAUCUAUCAGCCCCUGAGAGAGAACAUUUAGCUAGCAUGAUCAAUUUGACACCAACUCAGGUAAAAAUAUGGUUUCAGAAUCACCGAUAUAAGUGCAAACGACAAAUAAAGGAUGCCAAGGAGAAGACCGAUUCAUCGUCCCCACCUUCAUCUCCUGCAUCUUCACAGCAGGAUUCGCCGCGUCAACCCUCACCCAGGAAAGGCACGGUAUCCGUGUUAGUAAAGGACGGAAAACCAUGCACGGGUUCGGGAUCAUCAGAAAUCGAAAACCCAGGUCAACAAACGCAACCGACGACAAAUUCUCAGGCGAGGAUGAAUAUAGGUCGGCAUGGAUCGAAUGGGACGUCUCAACUGUCCCCUCAUGAUCAAUCAUCCAAACAUUUAUCUCAUUCUAUGGCUAACUGUAAUAAUUCUACGCACCAUUCAAUAAACUCUCACUCUGGAUACGGCGGAGGAAUACAUUCGGGACUAUAUCCUUCAGUGAGCAUGAACGGGGGGUUGGGGUCUCCAUACGGAAUCAGUAGUCGGUCAUGGAUAAAACCAGAGGGAAACGAUUUUUACACUGGAUAAUCGUAACCCCUUUAAUUUGAAAGAGGUGAACCUGUUUUACGGUAGGAUAUAUUGCCAUAAGAGCGCCAAGCAUUUACAUCUCUGAGUUUAACCAGGACAAUAAAAUGCUGACAAUCCUAAUAAAAGUUCGCAUAAAACUGCAAUAACGACUUGCUAUCAAAGCAGUGAGGUUGGAAUCGAGCGUCGGGGCGGAAGACAGUGUUUGUAUACCGCGGAUGGAUAUUAUACUAAAUCUUGCGUCAUUAAUGGAGUUGAUGUGUAAUUUCCUCUUCAUAAACUAGUGCUGAUUUUAUUGACAAAUAAAGAUACAAUAAAGUAUACGCAAUUUUAUACAAUAUAUGAAAAUGGUUUUUCCAUUUUUCAGUGAUUUUCUUUUGUGUAUUGAGUCUAGCAAAUUAGGAAUAAAUUAUUGAAAU